AUGUCCGUUGUUAACAUUCGUACCGCACUGUCGACAGUGCUUGUCUUCGCACAAUUUGCCAUCACGGUGAAUGCCCAUAUUUCAGUUUUUCAUCCGGCGAUGUGGGGCUUCAACACGAACGCAGACACGCCCACUCCCGUUGGAGGCGAUAAUCGACCUGUCAUUCCUUUGAUGAAUCGCAAGUUCAACGACUGGUGGUUCCACGGUCUCCUCAACGAUCCACCGGCCGCCGAUGCCAUUGUUCAGAUGCCAGUUGGACAAACCACAAUGCUUGAGACUGUGUGUGAUAAGGGGGCGUCGAGCUACUGGAAUUCAAGUGCUGGCCACACAUUCGUCCAGACCGGGGAUGAUAAUUAUCCAUGCCCUGGUUACCCUCUUUCUCAAUUCCAUACCACUGGCAUCAAUGAUUUGGGAGGUUGUGCCCUUUCCAUUGCGUACAAGUCGGAUGUCAAUCAAGUCACACCGGACGAUUUCGUCAUUUUCUCUGUUCAACAUCAAUGUGUAUGGACGCGUUGGACAGCCUUCGACGUUCCUGCGGACAUGCCGGCCUGCCCCAACGGAAAGUGCAUAUGUGCUUGGCACUGGGCAAGUCAAUGUAUUACUGGCUAUGUAAAGGCGUUGACUGACACUUUAUCCCAAUUUAGAUCCACAAUCCAGAUUCGGGAUCUGAACAGAUCGAAAUCGGGGAGCCACCGGGACGAAACCCCUUGGGAAACCCCAGGUCCUCGUUACUGUGGCGCUGAUUCCGCCAAGAACAAGCCUGCCGUUCCAAGCAACUGCACGUAUGGGGCGAAGUCCCCGAUGUGGUGGUUCCAAGCUGAAGGCAAUAACAUGUUCGAAGAUGCGAUGGAUGCACCGACGUACAAUGACAGGUAUCAUUUCUCGCAGGGUGCACAGGUUGACAUCUUCGGGGAUGUUCCGGCGACGUCGUACUCUUCGUCGACUUCGUUCACCCCAACCCCGACGACUACGAGUACAAGUACGAGUACGAGUACGACUACAACUACAACCACAACUACAAGCAGCGCGUCCAGCUCUCCACAGCAAUUAUACAACAAUGCUCCCUCCACGUCCUCCACGUCCUCCACCACUACAACUACGAUUACUUCCCAACACAAGGCUGCACCUAAUUCUACUCCGUCUCCUAAGACCACCACUACCACUCCUAAAAUGAAGGCUAAGCCUAAACCUACAACCACGACCACUUGCACGGAGAAGCCUCACCCUAUUCCACACACCACCAGCAAACACAAGCAUCACCCUAUUCCACAUACCACCAGCAAACACAAGCCCCACCACGUACCAACUCCCUCCCAGAAACAUUGCAAGCACAAGCGUACCAAAGAUCUUUUGGCUGAGAGACGGUCAGACGCGGCCGCCCAUAGAAAGCUCGUCCACAAGCGGGGCCACCAUGGCGAGGGCAACACCUUCUAAACUAUCUUAUAGCUGAUCUUGAUUGUCUCUGCGUCGACGUUUGGACAGAUCUUGCGCCCCUUUCUCCUUUGGUGUUGUGUGUCGGCUGGUGCCCGCCUCGGCUCUUGGCAUGUGGUUCGAGUGAAUGAACGAUCUUGAUGAUUUCGUUCCAUUUUAUAUUUUCUUUCUUUUUUUCGCGCUUGCGUUUAGUUUAUAGUCGUUCUGGCAGAUCGAUGACUUCCACGCAAGCGUGUGUCGUCCUCUCAUCCACAUCGCAUUAAGCUGCAUGCUUUUUUUUAUUUAUUUCAUGUUGCUCAUUUUGUUUAAAGAAACUCGAUGCCAUCUGUUCUGUCCUGCGCAUGUCGAAUCAGAGAUAUUUCAAAUAUUUUCUAUACCUGUAUAAGUUUAGCUCCCCAUUGGGAAAAUACCAACCACUGAGUUGCCUUUCAGUCCUAUUGGUGAUGGUCGUCACUGUUCUUCCUUUCCCCUUCAUAGUUAACUUCCAUUCAUGCCCC